UCCGGCGCGUGCCUCAUCCCCAGCACUUUCGGUCCGAUCCGCGGCCGUCCGAUCCGCGGCCGCCCGCUCUGUCUCCGGAGCGCUCUUCAACGGUCCCCUGACCCGCUUCCGAGUGCCAGUGCAGCUCGAGCCUGCCGACGAUGCCCGCGGGCGUGUCCUGGACGUCCUACUUGAAAAUGUUCGCCGCCAGCCUCCUGGCCAUGUGCGCCGGCGCGGAGGUGGUGCACCGGUACUACCGGCCGGACCUGACAAUACCUGAAAUUCCACCACAGCCUGGAGAACUCAAAACAGAGCUUUUGGGACUGAGAGAGAGACAACAUGAACCUCAAAAUUCAUCUCUGCCAAGAACUCUGUGAAUAAUAUUAUGAGAAUUAAAUAUGUAGUUUUAGAA